AUGGGGGUCGAAAGCACAAUGAAAUCUGUUGGGUCGGAGCUCGCGGCGGUGUUGCCUCAGGGCAAUGGCGCUUGGUUCAUGCAGCCCCAUCUACGGUCCCUCAACUACUUUCUUUUUUCCAUGAUCAUACUUUCCUCAGCAAACGGGUAUGAUGGUUCUCUAAUGAACGGAAUCCAGGCUCUUCCCCAGUGGAAUCGCUUUAUGAAUCAACCUUCCGGCUCCUGGCUCGGGUUUAUCAAUGCUGCCCAGAGUCUGGGCUCAAUCUGCUCUUUGCCCGUUAUAGCGUGGUCUGCCAAUAAGUUCGGACGAAAGAAAACUCUUUUCGUUGGCUACUUCUGGCUUUCUGUAGGGGCUGGGUUGCAGACAGGGGCGCGAAGUCCAACUAUGUUCCUCCUUGGACGACUCUCUGUCGGCGCAGUGACAACCUUCUUUUCGAUGCCCGCGGCGCUCCUUAUCACAGAAACGUCAUAUCCUACACAUCGAGGCAUUGCAACCUCUCUGUAUAACACAGGAUGGUAUAUCGGCUCGACCGUCGCAGCAUGGGCCACAUUUGCAUCACGCGACUAUGUUGGCAAUCAGGCUAAUUGGGCAUGGCGCAUUCCCUCGAUCCUUCAAUUGCUUAUUCCACUCUGUGCUCUCCCUGGACUUCUUAUGGCACCCGAAUCUCCUCGUUGGCUGACCGCCGUUGGUCGCCCGGAUGAGGCCCGUGCUAUUCUUACAAAGUACCAUGCCGGAGGCGACGCAGAUUCUCCACUAGUGACGUUCGAGAUGUCCGAGAUUUCCAGUGCGAUAGAGAGUGAGCGACUAAACCGGAAUUCCACAUCCUGGCUUGACCUUGUACGAACCAAGGGAAACAGGCACCGCUUUCUCAUUUCGGUUACGAUAGGCAUAUUCAGUCAAUGGAACGGCGUGGGUAUUGUCUCCUACUAUCUUGCACCAACUUUAGCCGCCGUUGGAAUCAACUCAGUCACUCAGCAAACCCUCAUAUCAGGCUUUCUGCAGAUCUGGAACUUGAUUUUUGCCGUGCUGGCAGCAUUCACAGUUGACCGACUGGGACGGCGACCAUUGUUUCUAAUUUCCUGCUUUGGCAUGUUGACAUGUUAUAUCGUCAUAUCUGGUCUCUCUGGGUCGUUCGAUAAAACCGGAGCGGCAAAUGUAGGUGUUGCUGUUGUCCCAUUUAUCUUCAUCUACUACGCAUUCUACGACGUCGCUUUCACGCCACUUCUGUAUGGCUACACUUGCGAAAUUUGGCCGUAUGAGCUUCGUGCGCGCGGUAUAGCGUCAAUGAAUAUCUCAACUCAAACCGCCCUCUUUUUCAACAUCUUUGUCAAUCCUAUUGCCCUUGAAGCCAUCGCUUGGAAAUACUAUCUUGUUUACGUUGGCCUAUUGGUGAUAAUUACAAGCACGAUCUAUCUAUUCUACCCAGAGACAAACGGUCACAGCCUGGAAGAGAUGGUGCAUGUUUUUGACGGCGAGGAUGCUGUACCCGCUCACUCGGUUUUCGGAUUUGCCGGGGAUGAAAAGACAGGCGCAGUUUUGCAGGGGAAAUGGUAUUGUUGA